UCACCCUUAGAACAAAUCUACCUCAUCAACUUUAAUGAGGUUGCAUUUUUUCAACCCCACAAAUUUAAAAAACAAUAUUCUAAUGCACGUGCCGGGAAUAGAAGAAGACCCAAAUGGAAAUUGUACUUAAGAAGUGGUAGAAAAGGGAAAAAUUGGCAAGUGGUGAAAAGUCAUAAAAAAUAUAUCAACCUUUCGAACAACAGUUGGUUACAUGAAAGACCACAACCUGGUAUGUCUACAGUUUUUUUUUUAAAACAAUAUAGUUUUUGUAUUUGUACAUUUGUCUUUAUAUGAAACUAAGAUUUACUUCAGUUUAACUGCUUUGUGUUGAUACAAAUUACUUAAAAUAAUUCUUUUUUCAGAGGAACGGCUACCUGAAAGAGUACAAGGUGUUCCAGUAGAAGAGUCAAUUGAGGUGGAACACCAUAAUUUGGAUGGUGGUAUAAUUCUUUUCUCUACACCAGAAUUUGGAUGAUGAAACUAAGAUUUAUUUCAGUUUAACUACUUUGUGUUGAUACAAAUUACUUAAAAUAAUUCUUUUUUCAGAGAAACGGCAACCCGAAAGAGUACAAGGUGUUCCAGAAGGAGAGCCAAUUGAGGUGGAACACCAUAAUUUGGAUGAUGGUAUAAUACCCGAAAGAGUGCAAUAUGUUCUAAUGAAAGAACCAGUUGAGGUGGAACACUAGAAUUUGGAUGAUGGUAAUAUUCUUUUCUAUACACCAGUAACCUAAGGGUUUAGAGGAACUCGUGAGAAACUGCAAUUUACUUCAGUUUAUACUACAUUGUGCUUUACAUCCAUUAUAUGGCAGUCGUGGACAAUCACGAGAAGCAUUGUGGAAGGAAAAGAAAAUGUGUAUGGAGUUCAAAAGAAAGUGAAGUUGCUCAUGAGGAGGGAGAUAACAAUGAAGAUGCAAAAACCAAUGAAGAUAUGAAGGUUGACGAUGAGCUCUCCCUAUAUCUGCUUAAAGAACUUCUUCCAUAUUUAAAACAAUUGAGUCAGAAAGAAAUGACUGAAAUUGAGAUAGAGGCUAGCAACCAAGGGCUCUCACUCUCGGAGCUAAGUAUAUCAAAGCUAGAUGACUUGGAUGGAGAGCGGUUGUACUGUGACAACUGCAAGACGUCAAUAUUUGCCCUCCACAAACACUGUCAGACAUGCGAAUGUGACUUUUGUAUCGCCUGUUGUCAUGACUUUUGUGAUGCACAGCUUCGAGAUGGUGCUGAUCCAAUUGAGUCAUGUGUUACUGUCAAGCCUGGGGUUCACAAACACCCAAGAUCUGAUAGGCAUGAGGAUAGUGAUGACAGAGUUUGCUGUGAUGGGUUUCUUGAACUGAAAAGUUUCUAUCCUCCAAGUCACAUUGUUGAUUUGGUAGAUGAAGCAGAAAAAAUUGUAGACAAAUACAAACAUUACAUGAUUGUAGACAAAACUCAUAAGAACUUGCAUUCAUGUUUGAAUCGUAAGGCAGCAUCUCGUGAAGAGUCAAGCGACAACGAUAUAUAUUGUCCAAAGGCUAAAAAUGUACAUCCUGAGGAUUUACUACAUUUUCAAUGGCACUGGAGAAAAGGGGAGCCAGUAAUUGUCGGGAACGUGCUUGGAGGUGCAUCUAAUUCAUUAUGGGAACCAUCAGGCAUGAGCCGUGCAAUCUGUCUGAAGCACAAAAAAGUGAAGGUCACUGAUUGCUUAAGUCUAAUGGAGGUUUGUGCGAUUUCUCAAUCUAAACAUUGAGAUAUUUUGCCUGACAUUCAAUGUUAUUAUCAUUCUCAAGAAAAAUAAAAAAAAUUCCACACAUUUGGCAUCCCAAA